AUGUUAUAUAGAUGUCCAUCUCAAUCAACAUUUGACGAACAAAUGCAACAAUGUGUGAAUAAACGGACAGUGUCAGACAUAUUUCCAUUUGAUAAUGAUCCACAAUUUCGACGUGUAGCUAAUUUUGUCAUAGCUACAUCUAGUCCAAAUACAUAUGAUAAAAAGAUAUCUUCACAUCAAUUUUCAUUAUCAUCAUCUGCCACUAAACGGAUGGAAUCAAUUUCAGUUAAAAAAAGUGAUUACAGUUAUGAAAAUAGAAAAGAAAAAUUAAAAAUAGAUUCUAUGAAGAGAAUGAGUGGAAUUAAUGAUAAUGAAGUUGAACAAGGUGUUCUUUGGUCAAAUAACUAUCCGAUAAUAAAAUUAUCCGAUACACCUGUUCUUGAACAAAAAACAUAUAUUAAUGCAAGAGCAAAUGGAAGAAAUACGUAUAAAUCAUUACCGAUCAACGAAAAUCUCUAUCGUCGUGUAAAUCAACUUAAAAAUCAAAAUCCAAAUUUAAAAACAUUGUUAGGCGUGGGAGGAUGGAAUAUGAAAUCGGAAGCAUUCUCAGCUGUUGUAAGAAAUGUAGAGAAAAGACGAGCAUUCAUAUUUGAUACAAUCAAUUAUCUUCGAAAGCAUAAUUUUGAUGGUUUUGAAGCUGAUUGGGAAUUUCCUGGUAGUCGAGGUGGAAAUUCAAACGAUAAAUAUUAUUUUACUACAUUUCUACAUGAAUUUAAACAAGCGGCAAUAGCACAAUCACUUGUCACUGGAAAACCACGUCUUUUACUCGCAGCGGCCGUCGCUGCUGGACGAGAAAUCGUUACAACUGCCUAUGAAGUUGAAAAAAUCUCCAAGAUACUUGAUUUCAUCAACAUAAUGACUUAUGAUUUUCAUGGUGCUUGGCAGAACCGUACAGGAUUAAAUGCUCCAUUGUAUCAACAGGCUAAUGAUUUCGGAGAAGAAGCCCUGUUGAAUCAAGAUUUUGGUGUUGCAUUAUGGUUAAAGCAAGGUGCACCAGCUCAUAAACUCGUUCUCGGCAUUCCGUUGUUUGCACGAACAUUUUUAUUAGCUCGUUCUAAUAUAAACGAUCUUCGUUCACCAGUUAUCGACAAUGGUGCAGAAGGGCCAUUUACAAGAAGUGCUGGAUUUUUAUCGUAUUUUGAAAUAUGUCUAUUACAAACCGAUAACAGUUGGCAGAUACAUUCGAUAGUACCUGGUGCAGAAUCUCAAUAUAUGUUCAGAGGCAAAGAAUGGGUAUCAUUCGAAUCAUUGGAAAGUGUACGGAAACGAGCGGCAUAUGUUGUAGCAAAUUCCCUGGGUGGUAUGUUCGUGUGGAGUUUAGAUAUGGAUGAUUUUAUCGGUAGUUUUUGUCACAAAGGCGCAUAUCCGUACAUCAAAAAUUCGUUAUCAUUAUUACCGUCAACAAUGUUAUCUUAUUUAUAG